CUUCCUCUCCACCCGUACCUAUCUCCAACUCCGUAACUAAGAAUCUUCGCUGUCAAUUUGCUUACUCUUCUACCAGCCUGCCAAUAUCGACGAAGCCCAGUCAUCCAUCCCCUAAGCAUCAAUAGCAUCGUAUCAACAUUAAACAGCAGCCAUGGUGUCCGAGGACCGCCAGCGGGUCAUCGAGACCAACCGCUCCCUGCGCUUGAUCAAGAACGAACUCGAAUCGCUUCUUGAAAAGGGCGUAAUCACCGACGACGCCUUUGACACCAUCACCACGCUGCUCCCAGCCGAGUCAAGCCUGUCCGCCAACCCGGCAGCGCGGACUGUCGCCCAACAACAACAACUCCCGCCCACACCCGCCCGCUCAACACCACCUACUCCCCAACCAGCAGCCCCAGCACCAACCGCUGCUGCUGCUGCCGCCGUCCCACCACCGUCCUACGCACAGUCCACGGCCGCGCCCCCACCCCUGCCCAUUCGCAACCAGCCGCCUACGCCCGCCGCCCCGGAAAAGCCCGUGCUGGCCUACGCCCGCGCGCUGUACCGCUACGCGGCGGGCGACGCGCGCGACUGCUCGCUGGAGCGCGACGACCGCGUCGCCGUGUACGAGUACAUGAACGCCGACUGGUGGAUGGGGCGGAACCUGCGCACGGGGCAGGAGGGUAUUUUCCCGCGGAGCUACGUCGUGACGGUUGAUCCGGCCGCCGACGAGGAGAAGAAGCAGCAGCCGAUGGUGCCGGUGGUGCCGGUGGUGCAGCAGCAGCAGCAGUACCCGCCUGCUCCGCCGCCGGGACAGCCCGUCGUGCCCUACAACCAUCACCAGCAAGAUGAUGGGGGUAGUGGUAGUAAAGUUGGUGAGCACGGCAAGAAGUUUGGUAAGAAGCUCGGGAAUGCGGCUAUUUUUGGCGCGGGCGCUACGCUUGGGAGUAAGGUGGUCAAUUCUAUCUUCUAAAAGGGGUCAGGGUUGUAUCAGGUUGGGUUGUAUGACGGGCAAAGAGGUGGCGUUUCCGUUUGUCUACUAUGGCUGGCCAGAUGGUUGGGCUGGGAUUGAGUCGAGAGACAUUGGAUGAUUGGGCUUCAUGUGGUUGUUUUCGGCUCUGCCGCUUUGGAUGAUUCAGAAGCCAGUUCUUUCUUCAUGCAGGCGUGUACAUGGUAAUGGGCCGUGGGUACAAAUGUUCCUUUCCUAUGACGGUUGGUAGACGGGUGUUCCUUAGUUCUAUGCACUUGAUAUUCUCACUUCUUGAUUUCUCCGACCGUCGUUGUAAGCCACUGGACCCAGACAGAGGAACUACGGCGUUCCAGGAACGCAGUUCUGCCAGAUCUCCAGUAG